CUAGAGUUGGACUUAGACUGCAACAUAAAGUUUGUGAGUAAAAGCUGGGAGUCUAUUGUUGGAACCAAAAUCGCCAAGAUCGUGAAUAGGCCUAUCCACGAUAUUAUCGCAGGGGAUGAAGAGGAUAAAAACGUUUUCACGAAGGCGACAAGUAUCAUGACGAUUGAUGAUGAAACUUAUCGAAUAAGGUUCAUGACUGAAACAAAUUUGAAAAACUCCACAAGCCCUAAUACAAAUUCCGCUAACGACGAAAAUGAAACCGAAACGAUAAAUUCGAAAACAUCAAAUGAUAACUCAGAUAAUGACUCCUUGAGCAUCCACUCCGAUUCCUCAACUAUUACGACAGAUGGGGGAUUCAUUGAGCUAGAAGCACAGGGAAUCUUAAUACACGAUAAAAAUGAAAUUCCAAGCCAUUCAAUGUGGAUUGUUAAGCCUUGGAUACCAAUAAAUGACGUAACUCUGGAACUACCGGAAGAACUAAUUUCAACAAUUGGAGUUUUUGGCGUCAAUUUAUUGGAAAGCUACAUGCUGUACUUGACCGAUCUGGAAAUAACGGAUGAAAACGACCUACCACCUCCUUCUCUUGAACUCUGUAGAAUCUGCGAAGAAAAAGUCCCUAACUGGUGGCUAGAAAAACAUUCCGAACUAUGUUUGGUUGAGCAUAGAGUUGAAGAUAUGGUUUAUAUCAAACAAGAAGAAUUGCAAGAUCAUAAAAAGUUGUUGCAAAACAUACUAGAAACGUUACAUAGAAGGCAACCUCCGUCUCCAGCAAUAUCUUCACCAAGUUCCUCUUCUUCGUCACCUGGUUCUCCUCCAGUACUAUCGCCUUCCAGUUCAUCCUCUAGCAUUACAGUUAGUCCAAUUUCGUCCGAUUCUACUUCCUCAUCUAACAGUUUUGUACUGGUUAGUGAUUAUAAAGGCAUGCCAAUACCUUUGGGACCUCAGUCGAGUGGCACCCUACCUUUUCCUGCCCGGAGAAAAAGUGCUGGUACAUUAUUUCCUCAAAUUAGAUUUCCUGUGAAGAACAUCGAAAACCUCAUUGCCUACUGCGAUGAGGCUUUGAAGAUCAACCCCGGCGAAGUAAGAUCGGAGAAUAGAGAAUCAGUAGAGUUAUUUGAAAUUGCAUAUUCACCAGAUUCCGCCAGUGCCUUGAAAACAUUAAAUGAGUUAAGGCUACCCUCUUCCAGUGACCCUGCGAUUCAACAGUUGACUGAAGACACAAAAGUGUUGGUUGCUGACAAGCUCGAAACAUUAGAAAGAUACGCUCAUAUUUUACAGUAUGUCGACAGAAUCACAAAGGAAACCAGUGACUUGGUAAUUCAGGCAGUUGACAACACUAUCAGAAAAAUCAAGGAACAUGUCUUUUGCGUCUCCGAAUCAGAGUCCGAAAAUGACAGUUCUUCUAUGCGAUCCACUCGGGAUGUUAGUGUGCAUAGUGUGCAUAGUGUGCAUAGUGUUCUUGACUCUGGGAGUUCGACACCGCGCAAUUCAGCAGCCUUGAUUCCAAGGAGAUCGACACCCGUUAUAACAGUUUUGUCGGAGGAUUCAGGAAAAUUUAAGAAACAUCCAAGUACCCAUUCCCUGUCAACCCCAAGGAGACCAAUUUCACCGGGCUAUCCUAUGCCUUUAUCAUCGGUUCAAAAAAACUCGAGAAGAAGUGAAGCCUCAGUAAAUUCCCCGUUUACUUCUCCACUUUUACAAUCUGCGGAGACAACCAAAAUUUCAAACACACCCACAUCAUCUCUCUCUACAAAUCCAAAUUCUGCCUAUAAUGAGAAAACGCCACUUUCACCACUCCUAGUACCAACUACAGUGAAACACAAUCUUCCUUCUAUAAAAGAUUAUGAAAUAAUCAAACCAGUAAGCAAAAGUGCGUUUGGCUCGGUUUUCCUUGCCAAACGAAAACUUACGGGUGAUUAUGUUGCAAUCAAGGUAUUAAAGAAAUCAGAUAUGAUUGCCAAGAAUCAAGUCACAAAUGUCAAAGCUGAAAGAGCGAUCAUGAUGGCACAGGCUGACUCAAAGCAUGUUGUUCAGUUGAUAGCUUCUUUCCAAAGUACACACUACCUUUAUUUGGUUAUGGAAUAUUUGAAUGGUGGGGACCUUGCCACCCUUUUACAUAACAUGGGCUCAUUACCAGAUGUUUGGGCAAAAAGAUAUAUUGCGGAAGUUAUUGUCGGAGUAGAUGAUUUGCAUACUAAAGGUAUCGUGCACAGGGACUUAAAGCCUGAUAAUCUAUUGAUUGAUCAUUCAGGUCACGUUAAACUUACAGAUUUUGGACUUAGUAGAAUGGGAUUGGUCAAUAGACAAAAAGCAGCUAAUUCUACGAUGAAUGAAAGUGAAUCCAAUACAAACACUUUGCUGGAUAAAAAACUACUAACAGUAGAGCCAUUCUCUUUGAAUUCAUCUAAACCACAAGAUGAUAUAACACCAGAGAGAGAGAGCAUCAAAGAAUAUUUCCCACCUGUCACCAAUGAGCUGAAAUAUCAUGAUAGUGCUUCUUCUGGACCUAUAUCUAGACUUCAACACGAAUACAGUACAAGAGCUCGAAGACUAUCUACAGCAAGCCAUUCGCUAGAAACACCUAAAACUUACGCUCUUUUUGAUCCUUCUCAAUCUACGCAGGCUAGAAAGUUCGUUGGUACGCCUGACUAUUUAGCCCCAGAAACUGUUGCUGGACGUGGCCAAGAUACUACCAGUGAUUGGUGGUCAAUUGGUUGUAUUCUAUUUGAAUUUCUUUUCGGAUAUCCACCGUUUAGCGAUGAGACCCCGGAAAAGGUUUUCAACAAUAUUCUAUACGAGGAGAUUCAAUGGCCACAACUUUCUGAAGAAGAGUUUAGACGUUAUUGUUCGGAUUCUGCUCGUGAUUUGAUUGAAAAAUUACUUGUGAAAGACCCUACAAAGCGCCUUGGGGUAGGGGGGUCAGCAGAAAUUAUGGAUCACUCCUAUUUUGAGGGAAUUAAUUGGGAUACGUUGUUCGAUGAGGAAGCUUCUUUUGUCCCUGAGCCCGACCAUCCUGAGUCUACAGACUACUUUGAUCAAAGAGGUGCCACUAUGAAUUCUUUCCCAGAAGAUGAGGAAGGCGAGGAAGAAAACACAAGCCAGUAUUUCAACGCAUCUACCAGCUACGAAAUGAAACGCGACUCAAGCUCUUCUUCUACGAUUGAUUCUCCUAGGCAAAGCUUGUCGAAAAACUCAUCACAGUUAUUGUCUUUUAGAGAAAGACGGAGCUCUAGGCUCAAUGAAGCAGGAAGUAAUUCAGAGUUUGGAUCUUUCCAAUUUCGAAACUUAAUGGUUUUGGAAAAACAGAACAAAGAUGCCAUCAAUAGACUAAAAUCUGAACAUUUGGAACAUAGAAAUAGUUCUUCUAGUUCAGCAUAUGCUGCGAAUUCUUCUGUUCCUGCUACGCCAGGAACUCCUUCUCUCUCAGCAACUUCGGCAUCUAGAGGGCGAGCUCAACAAGUGCUAACGCCACAUAAACGUUCUCUGUCUCCAAACCCACAGCUGAUUACGGGAACAAGUAAGUCACCAGUUUUAUCAUUUAUUCAAUCACCGGUUUUGAAAAAUAAUAUUAGUGCUUUGGAUAGCGAUGUGGCUAGUGCACAUAACAAACCUUUUCCUAUUUUGAGAAGCACGAGUGGCAGUGGUAGCUGCAAUGGUACAAGAAGUCCAGCAAUUCAUAUAUUAACCAAGUCAUUCACUCGUACGCUAAGUGACUUUUCACCUUCAUCAUCGGACAAUGAGGAAAAGAAUGUGAUUUUAUCAAAAGUAAACAGAAGGAAAUUUGGCAGACUUAGAAAUAGAGCUUCGUCAUCUUCUCAGUAUGAUGAGCCUUCGUUGACGUCAUUGUUACCGAAACUUACCGUUUUAGUAUUUGAACCUAUUCCAAUUCAUAGAUUUUCUAUUACCCGAGAUUUGAAAGAACUUGGAUGUAUAGUUUUCUCGUGUGCAAGUGGUUCUGAGCUAAUUAAGUUGAGCAGUGGUAACAUUGAAUUUGACAUUAUAUUCACAUCAUCAGAAUCUCAACGACUUAACUCUAUUGAUCUGGUCAAAUUAAUCAGACAUACCAACUCAUUGAACACCAACUCUACAAUUGUUGCUUUGACUUCAUAUUCUAGAGACACUCAGGCUUUUGGAAUAUAUGAUUACGUUAUUGAGUAUCCAAUAAAUAAGAAAAAGUUGAAAGAAGUAAUAAAGAGUGUUCAGAAGGCCAGAGUAGAUACAGAAGAAGCUAUUGUUACAGACACAGAA